AUGGGUCUCCCAACAUCCACAACCUCCUCCACCUCCACCUCCGACAAGCCCCUCACAACCCUCCUCCUUCCCCCACCCAACGAAACUCCCUCGGAAAGAAGCACCCGCCUGGAAGCAGAGGCGGCGGCAAGGAGAGUGAGUGAGAUGAUUAAUGAGGAGUUGAAGGUUGAGAGGGCUGAGAGGAGGAGGAGGGAGAGGGGGGUUGUGAGGGUGCUUUUGUUGGGGCAGAGUGAGAGUGACUGGGACGCCGAGCGCGCGUCGUGGCGCGCUGUGAUCCAGCUCAACGUGAUCCGCUCGAUCAUUACGAUUGUGGAGGCGCUGCAAGCUGAGAUGGACGGGGAGCCCGAGGGCGAGGGCGAUCUGCAGCACCCUGUCAGUCCUGGGGGGAGUAGCAGUGCAGGUGGCGGGGGAGAGGCAAGUGGGAGUGGUGUGGGAGGAGGCACGGGGAGGGAAGGGAGUAAACAGUUGUCGACGCUGUUGACGGGUAAACACCAGGUGCUGAAGAUGCGCCUCGGGCCGUUACGCCGCGUCGAGACUGAUCUGAAGAGGCGGCUUGGCGCGGGGUCGGAUGAGGAUAUGGGCUUGCCCUUGCCAUCGCCAGCGCCUGCUGCUGCUGCUGCGACGGGUGAUGGCGCAGCGACGAAUGUGCUGGGCAGAGCGAGUCUCGGCCCGUUAAGUCUCGAAACGGAUUCGCAGGGUCUGGCGCGCCCGCUUGGUGCUGCGUCAGCGCAACGCGAGUUUGGAGUGACGCGGUUGCAGGAGGCGUUGCAGCGCGGACAGCGCCUGGUGCGGAAGGGCUCGGCGCAGAGUGUGAGGAGGCAGGCGAGGGUGGGGAGUGGGCGUGCGACGCCGGUUGGUGAGGAUGGGGAGGGGGAAGGAGAGAUGGUGGACGAUGCGACGGAGAUUCUGGCGAGUUGUUUGGACGAUAUGAAGGCGCUGUGGACGGACGAUGUCGUACGUGCCGUGCUCAGAAAGCGGAGGAUAAGGAUCGAGGAUACAGCUGGGUUUUUCCUGGACGACCUCGACCGCAUCGCCCAGCGCGAUUACUCGCCGUCAGACGAUGACGUCGUCCGCGCACGACUCCGCACGCUCGGUGUGCAAGAGUACCGCAUCAGACUGGAUGACGGCCCGACUAGCAUCUUUGCGGGCGGUAUCGGCGGAGACGCUGGCAAAGAGUGGAUCUUGUACGACGUAGGUGGUUCGCGGACCGUGUCUCAGCGCCACGCGUGGUUGCCGUACUUUGAUAAUGUCCAAGCUAUCAUAUUCCUGGCGCCCGUAUCAUGCUUCGACGAGCGUCUCACCGAAGACGCACGCGUCAACCGCCUCGAAGACUCCUUCCUCCUCUGGCGCACCGUCUGCUCCUCCAAGCUCCUCGCCAGCACGACGAUGAUCCUCUUCCUGAACAAAUGCGAUCUCCUGAAGAGGAAGCUGAAAGCGGGUGUGCAGGUGCGCAAGUAUCUGCCUAGUUAUGGCGAGCGCGCGAAUGAUGUGAAUACUGUUGUGAAAUAUUUGAGAGAAAAGUUUAAAGAGCAGCUAAAGGAACACUCGCCUCCACAGCGCGCGAGCUACUUUUACGCUACGUCCGUCGUCGACACAAAAGCUACAGCGACGACUAUAAAAGCUGUUCGACCACCACGAUGUUCUAUUCAAGUACGGCAAGACGAUCAGGAUAGGUGGUCGACUAUCGAGUCCCGACUCUCGACUCUCGACUCUCGACUCUCGACUCUCGACAGUGGACGCGCUAACCACGUUCAGGUCAAUUUGUCGCCACUAGUCUAA